UACUUGACUACACUUUGCUAAAAAUGUCACAGAAAUUAGCUGAUGCUUGUGAUUCGCUUUUAGAGUAUACGUCAUUGCUUCAACAUUCUUCAGAUAUCCCUAAAAUUGCAAGUUCGAAAUCAAAUGAUCUAGACAAAACCCAGAAAUUACAACAAGAAUAUUACACAUUAUACAAACAACUAAAUCACAAACUAAGUCGAUUGAUUUACUUGAACAAGCUUAAAGAGUUAGAUUCAGACAGCAUACCGACACAACUUGACAAUAUUAAAACUCAAUUUGACAUUCAAGACAAUGAAGAACUUUUACAAUUUUUAACUAAUCAAAAUACCCAAAUUAAAAUCAACAAAUUAUUCAAUAGAUAUUUAUUAAUGACAUUACCCAUACUUAAAUCCAUACAUUAUUCCAAUUUAACUGAAUCUGAAACAAAAAUUCUCGACGAUUUGCAAAAGUUAUAUGACUUAGAUUCAGGUAUAAGUUUGAAGCUUGUAAAGCAGGCACAAACAAGUAAUAAUGACAGAGACGCAUAUUUUGACAAGGUCAAUGAACUUCAAAACCUAAUAACAAAUGAAAUCAAGCCAAUGCUUGUUGAAUCCACAUGGGUUAAUUCUCAACUAGAAGAAGUUAAUAAAAAGUACGUCAAUCUAAAAGAAGAUACAAUCGACGAGAAAGCUUCUAGAGUGCAAGUACUACAGUUAGUUGAACAAUGGGACAACCUAAAGAAGCUCUCUUCUUUAAUACCCCUACUUAUUUCUAGCUUACCUACUAACUGGUACACUGAUGAGUCACUAGUCAGCGUCAUGAAUGAAUGCGACGACAUUUCCCAAAGAAUAGCCAAAUUAACAUCAGUUCUUAACAGGGAAACAGUUGGAUAUUAUACUACAAAACAAUUGCACGCAUUUGAAUUCAAUGAAAUUGACUAAGACAGUCUGUUCUAUUUACAGUAUAUACACAUUCAAUUUAUACAAGGAAAAGUCUCUUAUUGAUAACGUUCCAAUCUAUGCAAUCAAACACAUUUUCUAAAUAUUUUUCUCUCCCGUUAACACCAUAGUCACGAAUAUAAGCGUGAUCCCACAAAUUAAUACUCAACAAAGGUAAGGUAUAUUCACGUUCACCGUUGGCCGCCCUUUGUUUCAAGUUUUCCACAAACUUAUAACUCGUUUCAUCAACACCUCCAUUCAAAUCCAACACUUGUGACUUACCAUAGUAGUAUGGGGUACCAUCAUUGUUCGUCCUCAUCAACUUGAUUUGCUUGUCUGGGUAUUCAACCAAGAACAACCACCCUUGGCCAAAAGUGCUUGAUCCAAGCUCAACAAUCUUAGAACGUAAAGUGGCAACGUCAGCGAUAUCUUGUUGGACCAAUCUUUGCAUCAAGAACUUGGAAGGUCUAGUUUCUUGGGCUUGGUCUUUACUGGUUAAUUGUUGGAAAAAAAGAUGGUUGUUAUGGGCUUGGGAAGCAUAGUGGAAUAUAUGCUGGUCAGUGGUGUUCUUGGCGCUUUGUAGGAUGAUUUGGUAUGGGUGUUUGUUUUCAUAGGCAGUCCCAUUGGUUAACAAGGUCAAAUUGGUUAAUAAAUAGUGUUGAUAGUCGGUCCAGGCCAUUUUGAAUUGUUCUGGAGAAUAAACGCCAGAAAUACCUUCUUGGCUCCACUGGUGGUGUUGUUCGAGCUUGGGAACACGAUGUAACGAUCUGGUAGAUAAUCUGACACCAGCUGCCCUCUUGGCAAUGACUCUACUAAACAUUAUGUUGACUUAUAGGUGGUGCUGUAACUACUUGAUAUCUGGUGCAAUAAAAAAAUUUUUCAACCCUAAAGGUUCGAGGUCAGGUUUGAACUCCUGCAUAUAAAAUUAAUAUAGUUACUAUACACAAUAUUAUUGAUUUGAUUCAACGACCUUAUUAAUAGUAGGAAUAUUCUUGCUUACCCAAUCAUGGUCCCUAAACAACUUCUUUGGAUCAUUGCCAAUGCUUUUCCGUUGUACAGAUUUUAAUAAUUCCAGAUAUUCAUACUCUUGUUGUCGAUAAUCUCUAAUGACCAAAUCCUGAUCAAAAUCAACAAAUACUCUCGUGUCUCUGAUUCUGAAAAUGACAUUGUCAAUUCGCAAAUAGAAUCGACAAAGCAAGAGCAAACAUGUUGGCAUCACUCUUAUUUUAUAAUUCAAUAUAGAAAUCCCAUUAUCUGCCAAUUCAUCUUCAAAUAAAACUGCCUCAUCAAAGAAGAGAAUGGGGUCAGGCUGGGUCAAUCUGUGUAUUGGUAUUUCUUGACUACUCUCACUAAACUUAAUAUUGGUCGUUCCUUUAUAAUUAGGAGAAUAAGUCCAAUCAUAUGGCUCUAUAGUGUCCAACUUGUCGGUAAACUCGCGAAGAUCCCUCAGUUCAACCUCACCCCGUUCCUCCUUUUCCUUCUUCUCUCGUUCGCUCCUUCUAGAAUCAAGCCAUUCCUUAUGAUAACUCACUUUCAAAUGACUCUCGCUAUCCAAGGAAUCCAAUGCGUCAAGGGCAUUAAACUCAAUACUCUCACCACUGACC